UCCACCCAAUCAGAACGCGUGCCUGCCCCGCGGCAGCCAACGGCAAGACGUUCUGCGGCCUCCAGCUGGUGAUGGCGCCCCCGUGGCACAUCGCGCGAUACCAGGAGGUGGGCACGGUGGGCGGGGACUGAGCCGGCCACGUUCCCUCGCUCUCUUCCCUCCCCGCCCCGAGCCGCGCCCUCUGCCGAGGCGGGCAGCGCCGCCAUUGGGCGCGCCAGAAGCCAGCUGCGCUCUCAUUGGCUGCCGGCAUCGGCCGAUUGGGCCGCGGUGCGGGGUCGCUGGGCCUCCUGCCGGAGUUGGGCGCGAGAGUGCUGCGGAGCGGAGCGUAGCGGCGGGAGGAGCGACGAUGGACCUGCUGCCGGCCCCCGCGCCUCUGGCUACCAGGCUGCAGAACGCACUACUGCACUACCACAGCAUCGCCGGCAGUGAGUGGCGGAUUGCCAGAAAAACCAAAGAUGCAGUGGUGUGGCGUAAACCAUCAGAAGAAUUCAGUGGAUACCUCUACAAAGCUGAAGGAGUGGUGGAGGAUGUUACUAACAGAAUAGUGGAUCAUAUUCGUCCUGGACCUUAUAGGCUUGACUGGGACAGCUUGAUGACUACAAUGGACAUCGUGGAAACGUUUGAAGAGAACUGCUGUGUGAUGCGCUACACCACUGCUGGACAGCUUUGGAACAUCAUAGCACCAAGGGAGUUUGUUGAUUUCUCUUACACUACAAGCUAUGAAGAUGGGCUUCUAACAUGUGGUAUAAGCCUUAACUAUGGAGAGGUGAGGCCUAAUUUUGUCCGUGGAUUCAAUCACCCUUGUGGCUGGUUUUGCGUCCCUCUUAAGGACUGUCCUAACCACAGCCUUUUGACAGGUUAUAUUCAGACUGAACUGCGAGGGAUGCUACCACAGUCUGCAGUAGACACUGCCAUGGCUAGUACCCUGACCAAUUUCUACUCUGAUCUCAAAAAGGCACUGAAGGCAUAGACAAAAAGUGACUUAGAAGCCUGUGCAUUUCUUGCAAUCAAAUUAUAUUGAUUAGCUUAACAUGGGUUAACUACUGAGCUCAAAGAUGAAUGACAUUGUUCCUGAAUGAUUCCUGAACCUUUUUGUAGGGGGAUCCAGACAACUUUGACGUGAUACUUAGAAUACAUUCCUAUUUCACAGCACGAGAUCUUGUGUCCUGCUCAGCGCACUGCAACUGUGUGAGGAGUACUCCGAACCUAUAAGUCCCUUCCUUUCUUAGGUGAAAAUGGAAAAUGUGAGUGUAAACUUGAAAAGUGGAUCAGAAACUUGGCUCUCAACAAUACCGAGAGUGGAGUGCUCAGGAUUUUGUGGGUGCAGGUUGCUGAACAGACAGCAGCUCAUUGGAGAUGUAAUUUUGUAACAUACAUAUAUUUUUACAUUUUCUUUAAAUUUUUAAUUUAUGUAGUUUGUACCUGUGCAUCUUUAAUUUCUGUGUUAAUAAUUUUCUUUGAUUUAUCAUUGAGAUGGUCCACAGCUAUACUGUUAAACAAUACUAUUCAUAAGAAAGCUAUUUACUUAUGUUAGCAAAUUAAGUAUUCAUUACAGGCAUUUCUUUGAUGUUGUAACUGUAGCUUGAUAACUGUUGUAUAUAACAGUCUUACUGCAUAGAUAAAGAAAUGCCCUUACAGCUGAUCCAAAGCUCAUUUAAGUCAUGAGGUGUCUUUCUAUAGUUUUUAGUGUAUUUUUAAUCACACAUGUAAUUGUCAAAAUAGCAAACCUGCAAUGGUUCCUCUUAAAUACUCUGCACUUCAAAAUAGUUAUUUUUACUAAAAUUUGCAUGGAAUUGUGUUUUUGGCUUAAUUUUUUCCUUUCUUAGCUGAAAACCCUACAGUUACUAGAACUACAGACAUUACCACUAAGUUGCUUAGGCAUAGACUUCGGUUUAACCACAACAACGCAGACUAACAACGUGAUGGUACAGCACAGUAGAGUUUUCUGUUGAAAUUUGCAGUAAAUAAAUUAAGCAUCUUAAAAUAUGGCUGACUGAAUGUUGAAAUACAAGCUGUAGAGUUGCUUGGAGGGACAGGAAGGUGUAGGGUCAUGUUUUUAAGGAUAUUUAACCACCUAGUGAUGCUGAUAGGUGUGGGAACUUUCAAAAGCCUACUGUCCGUGCUGCUAGGUCCUGAGUUAUCUUUAAAACCUGAUUCUGAACAUUCAGUGUUGGUAUGUAUCUGUUGCUCAGGUGAGACUGUAAUUUUCCCUGUGCUUUACCAGUGCAAGUGUAGCUGUGUUGUAGUUUGUGAAGGUACCUUGUAGCCCUAGUGUUUUGGGAUCAGUUGUAUACAUGCAGUCUUGGUGGUGAAUUCUCAGGAAAAUGCAUUCAUUCACAUGGAAGAUGCGGCUUUUUGGUCAUUAGCUACUGUAGCUGAACUCUGAAUAGUAAGGACUUUUCUUCCUCAUUGGUCAAGCAUAUAUGUUGGAAAAAAAAAAAGACACCAGGUAGUAAGGGUUCUUCGUACUUGCUUCAUGUCUUAAGGUAUACAGGACUGUCUAAAACACUUAAAAAUAAUGACAUGAAACAGCCUUUGUUGUCUUAAUAGACAAAAAAUUUCACUUCUCUGUUAGGUUUUGCAUAUUAUGCAGCUCCUUUUAAACUUUUUGGUUACUCUUCCUGUCUUUCCUGGCUUCCUUCUUUCCCUUACACUUGUAAGAAAAUCCUUGGCAUAUUUAAAGAAUGAUGUUUUUAAAUAUAUGAUUCUCCAUGCAUGUUUCUUUUUUAUCGGAGUUGUUUUCAGUAAGAGGCCAAGGGAUGGAAAGAUGUAGUGAAUGAGGACAAAUAUCUGAAAGCCAAGUGGACUUUUUAUUUUGCAUUAUGUUGCAUUAUAAUUUGUUCUUUAAACACCAAAUAAACUGGCUUUGUGUGGUUUUUAAUAGAGGUAGUCUGUUGCUUCCAACAAUGAGUCUGAACACUCAAGUGAAUAACAAUAGAGACUACAGGAGGCAGAGACCAGAGCCAGAUCUUUUUUAUGUCAGCGUAAUACAAUUCUUGGGUUUUCAGAUGAGGAAAAUACGCGGAAAGUGCCAGCAAACCUUAAGGAUUUAUUUUAGGUAUUCUCUUGCUUCUAAAAUUUUUCUAGUUUAAGAGUGCAGUGAUGGACAAAAUGUGCUGAUUAGACUACUGAAGCGAUGCAUUGCUGAUACCUCUUCACUGAUCUUUUGAAGCAGCUGAGCUAUGGAGUAAUACAGAACUGCUAGAAAGGUGUCUGGUUUCACAGAGUAUUGUAUUUGAAGUCACAACUUACUUUCUUUUCAUAUAUCUAGGGAUUGAGAGAAAUGUGAGGUAUUGAGGCAGAGCUGUUCUUUAACCAGAGCAGAUUCUGAAUCAAGAAAGCCAGUAUCAAGUUCCAAUCAGAUCAGAACAAUUACUUUUCCCUACUGUGGCAUUGCUUUUGUCCUAAGUCAGUGAACAGUCUGAAUGGAGCAAAACAGUACAAAGUAGGAAGGGACUUGAGGGAACGAAGCACAGAAGCACAUGCUUCUUGUUAGGAGAUAGUGGGAGGCAAAGUAAAUUACUUUGUAUAGUUUGCUGUCAUCAAAACAGCAACAGAAUUUAUGUAAGUUUGUGAGGUUUGCCAGUGUUUCUGCUGUUGGGAAGAGGCACAUACUGCCUGCAGUGCUUGAGCUCAGUAUUUCAGCAGGACAGUGUCACCUGAAAUCAGCUUCUGAAUGAUGUGCCCAAGAAUAAAUGGCAGAUGGGUGCCAGUUUUUGCUAGGGAAAUAGAAUGCAUAUAGACACAUCAACAUUAUUUUUAUAUGGCAAGUAAUUAAAAAACACACUUUUUCAGGGGUUUAGGCAAUGUAUUUGUUAAGUCUAGCAUUUUAACUAGGUCCUGUAUGUGUGGAUGGGAAAGGUGGCUAAAAAUAAGACAAUCAUUAUGUUUAGCUUUUUGUCAUUUAAAGCCUCCAGCAUUGAACUUUCUUUGUAGCUGUGCUGCUUAUUUUGUUUGUGCAGUAGACAGAUGUUGGCUAAGUGCGAUGUUGGUGCAGCCCAAGGUGCUCCACUGCGCUGCUGGGAGAUGGAGCAGUACCUCAGCCAGGUAGUCUGGGAGCAGCACAAGCCCUGAUCUCAAAUUUGAUUAUCUUGCUAUGCUUUUAAUGGAUCAGAAUGUGAAAACAAUGUAUUACUCCAGUGAUCAUAAACAGCUAGAACUGUUUUGAUAGCAUGAGCUAGUUAUUUAACUUGCAGGUCCCUUCCUGGAAAAGUAGCAAUAGUUCUAUUGAACCCAGUCAAGUUAGGCCUAUGUUUAGAAAAUGACGGUCAGUCUGGCUUAACAGUGGUUUGAAUGACUGUGUUAAGUGCUAAAGAUAUUUGUGUUUAUAUUUUGAAUGCAAUUACAGAAUAAAUAAAAACAUGAAUGCUAACAGA